AUGAGCUUCAACAACGACUUCGCCCAGCAGGUCCAGCCCUCUGGCGAACAGCAGGGCGGCUUCGCCCCCCAAGCUGACCUUGGCCAACCCAUGGACACCUCCGCGCCUGGCUUUCCCCAGGGUAACAUGGGCGGUCCUCCUGGAGCUUCGCAAGACGGACAGCAGGAUGGAAACAACAAGACCACCCUCUGGAUGGGUGAAUUGGAGCCCUGGAUUGACGAGAACUUCGUGCGCAGCAUCUGGUACAACAUGGGCGAGCAGGUCAACGUGAAGAUGAUCCGCGACAAGUUCUCUGGCUCCAAUGCCGGCUACUGCUUCGUCGACUUCUCCAGUGCCCAGGCUGCGGCCAAGGCGCUUGCGCUCAACGGACAGCUGAUUCCUAACUCGAACCGUCCGUUCAAGCUGAACUGGGCCUCUGGUGGUGGUCUCGCUGAUCGAAGCCGUGACGACCGCGGUCCUGAGUACAGCAUCUUCGUUGGCGACUUGGGCCCUGAGGUGAACGAGUUUGUCCUUGUGCAACUCUUCCAGAACAAGUACCAGAGCUGCAAGUCCGCCAAGAUCAUGUCGGACCCCAUCAGUGGCAUGUCGCGCGGCUAUGGAUUCGUCCGUUUCACCGACGAAGCCGACCAGCAGAAGGCCCUCACCGAGAUGCAGGGCGUGUAUUGCGGCAAUAGACCCAUGCGCAUCAGCACUGCGACUCCCAAGAAUAAGAGCGGUGGUCCCGGUGGUCCCGGCAUGGGCGGCAUGCCACCUGGCGGUGGCGGCCCCCUAGGUAUGUACUCGAUGGGCGCGCCCCCGCAGAUGGGAGGAGGAGGCGGCUACUACGGCACUCCGCAGCCCAUGAACCAGUUCACCGACCCGAACAACACCACUGUCUUCGUCGGAGGACUCAGCGGUUAUGUCACUGAAGAUGAGCUUCGUUCUUUCUUCCAGGGUUUCGGAGAGAUCACCUACGUGAAGAUCCCUCCCGGCAAAGGCUGCGGCUUCGUCCAAUUUGUGCAGCGCCACGCUGCCGAGAUGGCCAUCAACCAGAUGCAAGGAUACCCGAUCGGCAACUCGCGGGUCCGUCUCAGCUGGGGACGCAGUCAGAACAACUCUGGCCCAGCAGGCACCCCUUACCGCCCUGCGCCGCCGCCCCCUGUCUACCCGCAGAUGGGCAUGGCCCCCCAACAUCCUUACGGCAACUUUGCUCCUAUGAAGGUAGGUUAUGCGCUCGGCUUGUAA